AGUAUGGAGCGGUGAUGCUGGGAGCCCGCACGCACACGCGGCUGCCGCUCCGAGGAGGAGAGCAGAUGGGGAAACACCCUCCUCCGUGACCGUCCUACAUCUUCCAGAGGGGGAACAGCAGCGCCGCUGGAUUUAUGGGGAUUUUUUUUCCCCCCUCCCACGCAGCGUUCCCAGCCCCGGCUGCUCCCGGCGCCGCUCGCAUCCCUGGAGGCGCUCGGAAGGGGAUGCUCGGAGGGCACCGGGCAUUUUUGGGGUGAAGUCGCGGCGGGUUCGUGGCCAUGCUCCGCCCGGACUCGGUUUCCCCGGAGCUCCCCCAAAUCCCGUAUUUGGAGCCUUUCUCCCAGCCCAGGCCCUGGCAGGGACGGGGGUGUGCCGUGACCUCUCCCCAGCUGUGAUCUGGCCCAGGCUCUUCCCAUUCCCUCCGCAGGGAUGCAGCCGAAACACAGAGUGACGGGAGCUCUGGAAACACAACCCGGGAGAGGCUGCGGGGCUUGAAAAAGCCCUUCUGGGUCUUUUGCUCUGCUCGUUCCCACAAAGGACCUGCCCAGCACUCCAGAGAAAUCCUCAGCCAUCUCCAAGUGCUUUGAGCCACGUUCUGUGUGCUGGAUCGGGCUCUGCAUGAGCUUCUGAGGCAGGUCUGGAUCUGUGGGAUUAGUGGAGAUGGAAUGAAAGCAUAACCCACCCCCCUCACCAUGGAGCUGGCCAACACCAAGGACUUCCAGUGGAAAUCCCUGGCCCCGCUCCCGAGCCGCAGGGUCUACUCCACGCUGGUGGAGGCCGGGGGGCAGGUCUUCGCCAUCGGGGGCUGCGACGACAGCGGGGUCCCCGUGGACUCCUUCGAGGUCUAUUCCCCCGAGGCCGACCAGUGGACAGCCCUGCCCCCCAUGCCCACGGCCAGGGCAGGGGUGGCCGUGGCCACGCUGGGCAAGAGGAUCAUGGUGGUCGGAGGGGUCGGGGCCAACCAGCUGCCGCUGAAGGUGGUGGAGAUGUACAACGUGGACGAGGGCAGGUGGAAGAAGAGGAGCUCGCUGAGGGAGGCGGCCAUGGGCAUCUCGGUGACGGCCAAAGACUACAGGGUGUAUGCAGCUGGUGGGAUGGGGUCUGACCUGCGGCCACACAACUUCCUGCAGCACUAUGACAUGCUCAAGGACAUCUGGGUGUCCCUGGCAGCCAUGCCCACACCCCGCUACGCUGCCACCUCCUUCCUCAGGGGCACCAAGAUCUACGUGCUGGGUGGAAGGCAGUCCAAGUACGCCGUCAAUGCCUUCGAGGUCUUCGACACGGACACCAGGUCGUGGACCAAGUUUCCCAACAUUCCCAACAAAAGGGCCUUCUCCAGCUUCGUGCCCACGGAGGACAGGCUGUUCAGCCUCGGGGGGCUGCGGCAGGGGCGGCUCUACAGGCAGCCCAAGUUCAUGAGGACCGUGGACGUGUUCGACGUGGAGCAAGGUGGCUGGAUGAAGAUGGAGCGCUCCUGCUACCUGAAGAAGAGGCGAGCAGACUUCGUGGCUGGGUACCUGAAAGGCAGAGUUGUCGUGGCUGGGGGACUAGGAAACCAGCCGACCGUCCUGGAGUCUGCAGAGGCCUUUCACCCCGAGAAGAACAAGUGGGAGAGCCUCCCCCCCAUGCCCACCCCGCGCUGUGCCUGCUCCAGCAUCGUGGUGCGGAACUGCCUGCUGGCCGUGGGGGGGGUGAGCCAGGGCCUGAGCACGGCUGUGGAGGCCCUGUGCCUCUCAGAUUCCUAGCUGGAUUCCCAGCUGGAUCCUGCCUGGAGCAGGACCUGCCCCUUGCUGGCCCUGGCAGUGGCAUUGGUGGUGGUGCUGGCAGCUCCCGGGGUCAGGUGAGUGCCACCCGAGCUGUGCUGGGAGCUUGGAAGCCCAGCUCUGGAGCCACCAGACAGAGCUGCUGGUCCUCUGCUGGUCCUCUGCUGGGCACUGCUGUUGGAGCCCCAUGGAGGGACCCCCCGUUUGGCCAGGGGUCCCCUCCAGUCACCUUCAGAGCUCUGUGGGGAGAUUGAGGUGAAGGAACUGCUCUCAGCGCCGGUGCCGUGGCUCCUGCCCGCAGGAGAUCUGGGAAUGGUCUCCCUGCAGCCAUCCAAAGGGUUUGGAGGGGCUGGGGCUAUCCAGCCAGGUCAGUGGUGGCUCGGGGAGGACUGUUGUGGUGUUGCCCUCUUUGAGCAUCCUGGGAUCUCUGUGCUUCCCUGCUCGGAUCCCUUUG